AUGGAAAAAUCGAAUCUCGGUUGCCUUUAUCGGGACAGACCCAUGAAAAGGUGGUUAGGCUUCGGCCUUCAUUCAACUUUAACAGCAGCAAUAAAGUACCAUCUACACCAUACCACCCAUCAAACCUACAAAGCGGGGUGGCUGGCAGAGACGGGGAAACUCGGUUUUAUGCACGAUAUAAUAAUGGAGAAAGUGGGCUAUCAAGAAAUCGGAGGACAACAAUGGCGACACGUCAGAGAAUGUGCACCGAGCUCCUUCCAAUGCGACGUGUCCCUUCAGAAUAGACAAGUCAUUUGUGAUAUAACUCCGGAGUACAUAGAUAUAUGGCAACAGGGGGGCAGAGCACAACCAGUUGAAAUCCUUGGGACGAGGACUUAG